GUGACAAAGUGAACGAGGGCGUGUAAAGGGGCCCUAACCUAGAAAGCUCAGCACGGAACAGAACAGACACCGAGGGAGACACAGCGAGAGGCCGAUCUGUGAGAGGUGUAAACAAUAUCCAGCUGGUGGCUACAGUUCUGCCUCUGGUUUUGCUGCCAUGCAUCCUGGGCGAACUACUGGUAAAGGGCCCUCCACUCACACUCAGAUUGACCAGCAACCUCCACGGCUUCUCAUUGUGCACAUUGCUCUACCGUCCUGGGGUGACAUCUGCGCCAACCUCUGUGAGGCUCUGCAGAACUUCUUCUCUCUAGCCUGCAGCUUGAUGGGCCCCAGCCGCAUGUCCCUGUUCAGUUUGUACAUGGUACAAGAUCAGCAUGAGUGCAUCCUCCCUUUUGUGCAAGUGAAAGGGAACUUUCCUAGGUUGCAGACCUGCAUUUCAGAGCUCCGCAUGUUACAGAGAGAAGGCUGUUUCAGAUCACAAGGCGCUUCUCUGCGGCUGGCAGUAGAAGAUGGGCUCCAGCAAUUCAAACAAUACAGCACACAUGUGACCACAAGGGCAGCUCUGACCUAUACCUCCCUGGAGAUUACUAUUCUGACUUCUCAGCCUGGAAAAGAGGUGGUCAAACAAUUGGAGGAAGGGUUGAAAGAUACAGACCUAGCCAGAGUCAGGAGGCUUCAGGUCGUUGAGGUCACAAAGGGAAUCCUAGAGCAUGUGGACUCAGUGUCUCCUGUUGAGGAUCCCAGCAAUGAUGAGAGUUCUAUUCUGGGAACUGACAUUGACCUUCAGACUAUAGACAAUGAUAUUGUCAGCAUGGAGAUUUUCUUCAAAGCCUGGCUACAUAACAGUGGAACAGACCAAGAACAAAUCCAUCUUCUUCUUUCUUCACAGUGUUUCAGCAACAUUUCCAGACCCAGAGAUAAUCCAAUGUGUCUGAAAUGUGAUCUCCAAGAGCGACUGCUCAGCCCAUCCCUACUCCCUGGCACAGCUGACGGCUCCUUGAGAAUGGAUGACCCCAAAGGAGACUUCAUCACACUCUAUCAGAUGGCUUCCCAGUCAUCGACCUCUCAUUACGAGCUCCAAGUGAUCAAGGCUUUAAAAUCUAGCGGGCUCUGUGAGUCAUUGACAUAUGGACUCCCGUUCAUCCUCAGACCUACAAGCUGUUGGCAGCUGGACUGGGAUGAGCUGGAGACAAAUCAGCAACAUUUCCAUGCUUUGUGUCACAGCCUGCUGAAAAGAGAAUGGCUGCUGUUAGCCAAGGGGGAACCACUGGGCCCAGGACACAGCCAGAGAAUUCCUGCCAGCACCUUCUAUGUGAUCAUGCCAUCAUGCUCCCUCACACUGCUGGUGAAGGCGGUGGCCACACGGGAACUGAUGCUUCCCAGCACCUUCCCCCUGCUACCUGAGGACCCACGUGAUGACAGUCUUAAGAAUAUGGAGCGCAUGCUGGAUAGCCUGGAGCUGGAGCCCACCUACAACCCGUUGCAGGUUCAGAGCCACCUGUACUCACACCUGAGCAACAUCUAUGCCAAGCCUCAGGGGCGGCUCCACCCACACUGGGAGAGCCGAGCCCCGAGAAAGCAUCCCUGCAAGACUGGGCAGUUGGAGACCAACCGAGCUCGAGCCACUGUGGCCCCCCUGCCUAUAACUCCUGUCCCAGGCAGAGCCUCCAAGAUGCCAGCAGUCAGCAAAUCUUCCUCAGAUGCCUUCUUUCUGCCUUCAGAGUGGGAGGAGGAUCCCUCAGGGCCCUAAGUCACCAGCACCAGAGCCCAGCUGCCCAGCUUAACCACAUCCAUGCUCAGGUUCACAUAAUGGCUAUCUGUGUGUGGUCAGACCUGCUUUCUAUCCACCUGAGCCUCUGUGAGUGAGGGCUGACUGGGAAACAGCGGCCUUCCCCUCCUCUGUUUCAGUGCUGUCCCACUCCUCAAGUCGGGAAGCGACACUUGAGCCUGUCCCUUCUCCAGCAAGG